GGGCCCUCAGCCCACUAGCAGCGACACCUUUCCAAGAUGGCAGCCAACAGUAGCAGCACGGUUAGCAAACCCAGCAACAGUACCGGGGGGAAACAGUCAGGGCCGUCGGCUGAGCAGGUCGUGGCUGUAUUCCAGAGGAUGCGCUCGGAGCAGCGCAGCAUGGCCUCCAAGGCUGCAGAGCUGGAGAUGGAGAUCAAUGAGCAUAGCCUAGUCAUUGAGACCCUAAAAGACGUGGACCCAACAAGGAAGUGCUUCCGGCUGGUGGGUGGGGUGCUCGUGGAGAGGACGGUUAAGGAAGUGUUACCAGCGCUGGAAAGCAAUAAAGAACAGAUCUCAAAGAUUGUAGAAUCUCUCAACACACAGAUGCAGUCGAAAGGCCGGGAGCUCACAGAGUACCGGGAAAAAUACAACAUCCGAUUGGUGGGAGAAGGGGAGGAAGGACAGGGCAAAUCAGCAGCGUCCUCCAAUGGGAGCGGGUCUAAAGGCGGUGCCGGCGUUCUAGUUUCGUAGUUUUGUGUAUAAAGGCUUUAGUAAGAUAGGAAAUUGUGCAGACUGCCAUCAAGCAUAGUCAGCACAGACCCUGGAAGGCAUUUCAAGGGCAGAGUUUUACGUACGUCCUGCAUGAAUGAGGUUAUAAAUUAUAAACCAAUGUUAGAAGGGCCAGAUUCUCAAUACCAUUCAAUUCAGAUACAAAAUAAAGCCAUGUGGUAUUGAAUCCUUUUCACCUAUAGUUAAACAAAACUUAAGCCAACAAUUUACUUUUCUCUUCAGACACAAACAAGCCUUUCUCCUUUUACUCGAGGGAGUGUUUCAUCAAAAUCUUAUGGGAUGAUAGUUGUAUUAAACAAUAUGUCUUCAUGAUGACCAUAUAUUGUCUGUCACGUUUAUUCAUACUCUGUCAUGUUUCAAUGUACAUUAUGAUCUUAUUGUUGGCGUCUGUCUUUGAGAGGUUUGUCGCUGGCAUGCCAUAGAAUAACACAUGCAAAAGGAAUGAGAAUCUGAUUGGGAAAACACUGUUCAACGCAAAACACGGCAUCAUUUCGAUCUGUUCUGGAAAGAAACUGCCCUGAACAUCGGCUUAAGAUGGAUAACAGAAUAUACGUCCCAAAUGGCACCCUACUUCCUAAAUAGUGCACUACUUUUGAGAGGAUAGGGUGCCAUUUGGGAUAAACGCCCAGCCUGGACAGCAUAAAUAAAGUACUAGUCUUAAGUGCUCCCAAAUGAUCUGAAGCACACUGUCCUAACCUACAUUAACUUACACCAUGUAUUUGUGUGGAGAAAAUGUUUGUUUUUUGUUAAUGUUUAUGAAUUAAACAAAACAAUGCAAAAUG